CUCUCUUUGACCCAUGUACAUGGUCCUUGACAUUAUAAUUUCGUACUUUUGUUGACAGUUCGUUUUUCUUUUCAAGUGAAACUGGCUAGAGGAUCCGAAGGUUCCUUUUUUUAUUUGUAUUUUGAUAGAAUAAUAUUCCCUGAAUAAGCUACGACUUCAUACGUCUGCAAGAAAGAUGCCUUCAGGCUUGAUUUUCCUCGCUGAAGGGGCAGAGGAGAUGGAACUUGUGAUUACCGCUGAUGUUCUUCGUCGAGCUGGAGUAGACGUUGUUAUUGCUGGGGUCGCUGGUGAUGGGCCAGUCAAGUGUAGCAACAAAGUGACGGUGGUGCCUGAUAAAUCUCUCAGUGAAGCUGCCUCCAAACAUUAUGAUAUCCUUAUUUGUCCAGGAGGGGCAAAAGGCUCAGAAACCUUGUGUAAGUCUAAAGAAGUUGGUGCUGCGUUACAAGAUCAAGAAAAGAGAGGCGGCUUCAUCGCAGCUGUUUGUGCUGCUCCCACAGCUCUAGUGGCUCACAACAUUGCUAAAGGGAAGAAGUUAACAUCUUAUCCUGGCAUGGCAGACAAGUUCAAAGAUUACAAAUACUUGGAAGAGAGAGUGGUGGUGGAUGGAAAGCUAAUCACGAGUCGCGGGCCAGGCACCACUUUUGAAUUUGCUCUGGCCAUCGUAGAGCAGCUGGUAGGAAAAGAGAAAGUCCAGUCUCUGACCAGUGGUUUGGUUUUGAAAUGAACUUCUUUUUUCUUUUUCUCUCUUCACUAUUGUAAAUGGUUUAUAAUUUGACGCAGUGGGGUCAAACGGAUAUUGUUUCCAUUGUGUUAUAGGUUCAAAGCUUUUUUUUUUAACUGAUUGUGUUUUGUAAAGCAUUGAAAUGUCAAAUUAGUGUGUGUGUGUUGUCUCCCUUCUUUCAAAUAUUUGCCAGACGUGCAAAAUAAACUUGGUCUACAAAUUA